AUGCUCCGCCCAGUAUAUAGACAUGCCUCCAGGCAAUUGCGUACCCCGGCCCCGAUCGCGGCUAUCAGGAAGCGAAAUCUACAUGCUCCCGUGACCUUUGACUGGCAGGAUCCACUCAAGGCAAACGACCUAUUGACCGAAGAAGAGCAAGCUAUUUCCGAGACUGCAGAGUCAUAUUGUCAAGAGCGCAUGCUCCCAAGGGUGCUAGAGGCAUACCGUAAUGAGGACUUUGACAGGAAAAUCAUUCAAGAGAUGGGCGAGCUGGGCCUGCUUGGUGCAACCAUCAAAGGCUAUGAGUGUGCUGGUGUCAGCAGCGUAGCCGGUGGUUUGAUCACCAGAGCAGUCGAGAGGGUUGACUCGGGAUACCGUUCGGGUUACUCUGUCCAGAGCUCGCUUGCUAUGGGUGGCAUUGAAGAGUUUGGGUCUGAAGAACUCAAACAACGUCUUCUACCAAAGAUGGCAAAGGGCCAAUUGCUGGGUUGCUUUGGUCUUACUGAGCCUAAUCACGGGUCAGACCCUGGGUCCAUGGAGACGAUUGCAAAGGAGCACCCGUCAAAGAAGGGCUACUACUCGCUAUCUGGUUCAAAGACGUGGAUUACAAACUCGCCCAUUGCCGAUGUCCUGCUCGUGUGGGCAAAACUAGAAAGCACAGGCAAGAUCCGGGGGUUUGUCAUUGAGCGUGACCAGUGUCCACCAGGUACUCUCGAGACCCCGCCAAUCAAGAACAAGAACGGACUGCGGGCAUCCAUCACUGGCAUGAUCCAACUUGAUGAAUGCCCAGUUCCCGAGGCAAACAUGUUUCCAGAGGUGGAGGGGCUGAGAGGGCCUUUUAGCUGCCUAAACUCGGCAAGAUAUGGUAUCGCGUGGGGUACUAUGGGUGCCUUGGAAGACUGCAUCGCUAGAGCACGCACAUAUGCACUAGAGAGGAAGCAGUUCAAGAACAACCCAAUUGCCAAGUACCAGCUUGUACAGAAGAAGCUAGCUGAUGCUACGACCGAUGCUGCGUACGGAAUUCUCGCGGCUCAUCAGGUUGGACGACUCAAGGAUGAGGGCAAGGCUGCACCCGAGAUGAUUUCCAUGAUCAAGAGACAGAACUGCGAUCGUGCCUUGGUCAACGCUCGGACGCUACAGGAGAUUUUUGGCGGAAACGCAGUCUCAGACGAAUACGGCAUCGGACGGCACGUUGCCAAUCUGUUCGUGACGCAGACGUAUGAAGGACAGAGCGAUAUCCACUCGUUGAUCCUAGGUCGAGCAAUUACCGGUCUGCAGGCUGACCCUCCCUCUUCCUGUUCAGCUGGUCCUAUCGGAGAUGAUCUGUUUCACUGGCAAGCAACCAUUAUGGGUCCUGGUGACUCACCAUAUUCUGGAGGAGUCUUCUUUCUAGCGAUCCAUUUCCCGACCGACUACCCCUUCAAGCCCCCGAAGGUCAACUUCACCACCCGUAUCUACCACCCCAACAUCAACUCCAACGGCAGCAUCUGUUUGGACAUUCUGCGAGACCAGUGGAGCCCUGCUCUGACCAUCUCAAAGGUGCUGUUGAGUAUCUGUUCGAUGUUGACAGACCCGAACCCUGACGACCCGCUUGUUCCCGAGAUUGCACAUGUGUACAAGACUGACCGGUCUCGUUACGAAUCGACGGCACGCGAGUGGACCAGGAAGUAUGCCAUCUAGAGAGAGAAGGGAAAGAAGAGUAGAGUAGGAAAGGGGAAGCAGGAAAGCAUCUUUUUGUCAGGAUCUGCUAUGGGAUACAACGAGUGUGAGGAAGGAUGGUCGUCAAGAACACAUGCCUUUUACAGCAUGGUGAUUGAGGGGAGUUUUCUGUUCUACAACAUGCAUGCUGGAUGGGUUUCAUAGUACUUGCUAUCAAGACGCUUAGCAGAACAGGUGCAUUUCUCUUUGUG